AGUUGAAGACAAGAAAGAAGGGAAGGCGGUGAGUAACACAACAUAACGAAUAUACUAGUGGCAUAUAAAUUAGGUUAUAUAUACCUCAAAAUUCUAUAUUCUAUUCCUUGGUCGGUACGAAGCGUAACGAACAGAGAAAAAAAUCACAGAGAGAGAAGAAUUAGGUUUUCGUUUUUGAAGAAGAAGCUCUGGAUUCCACCUCUUCCCGUCCUUCGAGGCGGUGGUUAUACUGCUUAUUCUUCAGAUUUCGCACAAGAUUUUUUGAAAUUUAACUGUUAUUGAUAUGUAAUGGUUGACUGGAUUUGAAUAUAAAAGCUCGUGACUUAUAUUCUGAAACAUGGAGGGAGUUUAUUUCUCGACAAAUUGCUACCAGCAUCGGUUUUUUGCGUUCCAAGAAGUGCUUGAUUGGCGAGUUUUCAUCCUUGGCAAUUUUAUUCUCGUUUCCUUUGUCAAUUGCACUUAGUGUUCUGUUCCCCUUCAAUGAUCAGCAAAGGGUACGUGAUGCUAUCUUAUUCUGAUACAGGUGCUGCAUCUUGCACUUGUACAAUGCAUUGCUGACCCGGCAUUUAGUUAAAACUUCUGUGGAAUCUUCUUCCAGGGGAUUAAGCAUAGUCUGGUCACUGAAUAUUGGAUUCAGCCUGCAUCUUUGAGUGAAACAUUUGCAUCGAAUCAGUACAGACUGUUAUUGGCAAUUGUCUCCGUUUUGCACUUGAUCUGUAUUUUUGGUGACAACAUCAUUUACCCAAAAGUUCUGAAAUGAAUCCUAUAAUAGAUUAGAUGAAGUAGAUUUUAUUUCAGUCCUGACAUCUUUGGUCACUGUGGUUCUACCUAGUGAUUAAUGCUAUUGCAUUGAUCAAACAGUUUGAUGGGACCUGAGAAGUGGCAGUAUGAUCUGUGGUACUUGUUUGUUUCUACCACCUUUGUCUUGCAACCAUAACAAAAGUGGGUCUACUACUAAAUAAGCCAGUGCAGUGCUUCCAUCAGAAAGUUUCUGUUUCUGUGACCUUUGUCUUGCAACCAUAACAAAGCCUGGGUCUAUUACUAAAUAAGGCUGUGUCACCCUUCCAUCAGAAAGUUUCUGUUUCUAUGCCCUCUUCUGACAUGGCAGAAUAUUGACGGUGGAUUUUUCUGGACCAGCAGGAACUUGUUAAUAUUUUUAUACAUAGAGCAUCAUCUACAAGAGAUAAAUGCUUUUUAUCUUAUUAUUGUUUACAUCUGUCGAAUAAAGGAAUUGUUGAUUUGAGUUUUGCGGGAAAAUGGAGAGGUACAAAAUCAUCAAGGAAGUUGGUGAUGGAACAUUUGGGAGUGUCUGGAGAGCUAUUAGUAAGCAAACCGGUGAAGUUGUUGCCAUCAAGAAAAUGAAGAAGAAAUAUUACUCCUGGGAGGAGUGCGUAAACCUAAGAGAAGUCAAGUCUUUACGAAAAAUGAACCACCCAAAUAUUGUGAAAUUGAAGGAAGUUAUUCGAGAAAGCGACAUUUUGUACUUUGUUUUUGAGUACAUGGAGUGCAACCUAUACCAACUUAUGAAAGACAGGGAAAAACUGUUCUCUGAAGGUGAAAUUAGAAACUGGUGUUUUCAAGUUUUCCAAGGUCUUGCUUACAUGCAUCAGCGUGGUUACUUCCAUCGUGACCUUAAACCUGAAAACUUGCUGGUUACUAAGGAUGUUAUCAAAAUCGCUGAUUUCGGCCUUGCACGAGAGAUCAAUUCACAACCACCCUACACUGAAUAUGUCUCCACACGAUGGUAUCGUGCUCCUGAAGUGCUUCUUCAGUCUUAUAUCUAUAGCUCCAAAGUUGACAUGUGGGCAAUGGGUGCUAUAAUGGCGGAGCUGUUCUCUCUCCGACCUCUUUUUCCAGGAGCCAGUGAGGCAGAUGAAAUCUACAAAAUAUGUGGUGUGAUAGGCAAUCCGACCACUGAUUCAUGGGCCGAUGGACUCAAACUUGCAAGGGAUAUUAAUUAUCAGUUUCCACAGCUUGCUGGCGUAAAUCUUUCUGCUUUGAUCCCAUCUGCAAGUGAUCAUGCAAUCAGCCUUAUCCAAUCACUUUGCUCCUGGGAUCCCUGCAAGAGGCCAACAGCUUCAGAGGCCCUUCAACAUCCUUUCUUCCAGAGCUGCUUUUAUAUCCCCCCGUCUCUUCGCUCCAGAGCAGUAGCGAGAACUCCUCCACCUGCUGGAACCAGGGGAGCACUGGAUCAGCAAGGGGUCAAGAGGUAUCCCGGUGCUUUACACAGUUCAAAGCCCACCAACUAUUUUUCAUCUCCGAAAGUUCAGCCUUCUUCAGGUGUGCAACGGAAGCUGGAUAUGGUAAAUCAGGAGGGAAUUAAGAAUGAAAAAUCAAUGAAGACUACUACACAAUCGAAAUAUCGACACCCAGGAAAGGAAAGUCCAACUUCUGUGAUUAAAGGAAGAACUAUACAUGGGAUUUCAGAAACAGCUGAGAGGUUGGCCAAUAUGUCUAUUGGUAAUCGAAGACAAUCUAUGGGGCAACCCCGGCCUCCUCCCAUGAAAGCUGGAGUCAAUUGGAGUUCUGAAUCUCCUAACUUCAUGCUCAGGCCUGCACCACAGAUUCCGACUGGAAGAACAUACCCAAGAAAAGUUGCUGGAUGAGAAGUACAAGUUCAAUAUUGCGAAUGCUCUGGUUUAAAUAAUAUAUUUGGGUUUUGGUUGUAUUAUGUUUUACUGCAAAUCAAGUAUCGGCUGUGUGGGACAAACACAUGAGCUGAUGCCUAUUAAUAAGUAUAUAUAUCAUAGCUUAUUAACUUCUAUGAUGUGUUGGAGACGUUCAUAAAUCAUGUCCUGGUUCUCUUGGCUCAUGGACAAAUAUGUAGAGAUGACGGUCUUAAAUCUUAAUAACAACAACCCAUAUUCAGUGUUUGGGUUGUGUGUGUCUUUAUUUUAAAUUUUUAAUAAUGUGAAGGUCUGUUUACUAGUAAUACUGUGAGAGCUGGUAUGUUAUUGUGAUUUGAUGGUUUUUUUGGUCCAA